CUACGUCGACUACGGCAGAGGCUCUUCAAGAACGGCCGGAGUAGUUAACAGCUAACACCGAGCGCUUUGUUGCGUUUCGACAUUUCUCCUCUCGUGAAAGACGUCACUAGGAGCGGGUGUGUAGCACAUGUACGAAAUGGCGUGGCGCCUGGCAGCAUCGGUAGACUUGCAAUAACUUUUACGACCACACACCCAGACACAUCGGGGACACACGUACUGUAAUCUUCAAACAUUGAUCACCAUGGCAAACCUCAUCGCGCUCGAAGAACAUUAUGUUUCUCCCCUCCUCGAGGCCAAGAAAGGCGGGGCCACAAGUCCCGACACAUUCGGGCCCGUCAUAGUGGAAAAGCUGGGGGACAUUGGCCCGGCGCGUCUCCGUGAUAUGGCCGACAACUCCGUUGCCAUGACGGUCCUCUCUCACUCACCAGUUCAUCCCGAUCCCGAAACCUGCAAAGCCAUUAAUCAUGAUCUACAUUCCAAGAUCAUCCGCCGUCCGGCCGAGUACGCCGCCUUUGCAAUCUUGCCGAUGCACGAACCUGCCGCGGCCGCCGCUGAGCUCCGGCGCUGCGUCCAGGAUCUAGGCUUCGUAGGCACACUCACGGGAAACCACCUCGACGACGGCAGCUUCUUCGAUACGCCCGACUUCUACCCUCUUUGGGAGACCGCACAGGAUAUAGACGUACCAUUCUACCUCCACCCAACCUUCCCAUCCGAGGAGGAAUCCAAAGUCAACUUCCAAGGUCCCUACGACCCCGAGAUCGCAAAGGCGCUGGGGAGCUGGGGGUGGGGCUGGCACUCCCGAACAGGACUCCACUUCCUCCGCCUCUUCGCCGCCGGCGUAUUCGACAAAUUCCCGAAGCUCAAAAUCAUACUCGGCCACAUGGGCGAGAUGCUCCCGUUCAUGCUGGAUCGCAUCAUCGGUAUGUCUGCGAGCUGGCCGGCGCCGGGGGCCAGAGAGAGAAAGCGCGGGUUGAGACAGGUAUGGGAUGAGAAUGUGUGGAUUACGACGAGCGGCAUGUUCUCGCUGGCACCGAUGGCGUGUUUGUUGCAGGAGACAAAGGUUGAGAGGAUCAUGUUUAGUGUUGAUUAUCCGUUUGCCGGAAAUGGUGCUGGAAAGGAGUUCAUGGAUAAGCUGAAGGGCAGUGGGCUUGUGAGUGAGGAUGAGUGGGAAGGAAUUGCGUGGAGGAAUGCCAAGGGGCUUUUGAGGUUGAAGUUUGAGCCAAAGAAGUGA